AUGGCGAGAUUGGAGAGCGUUCAUGAUGACAGCUACAUUGAGUAUGUCUGCUCAGGGACACCUGGUCUUGAUCUGGAAAGCCCUUCGGGAUUGAGAUCUACUAGUUACUCAGUUACUGACGAGUGCCAUGUAGACGGGGCAUUCAACUCGGCCCCUGAUACACCGUCGACCAUCUAUCCUGAUCGUCUGAUUCGGCCUCUACCUAGACGGACCCUCCGUUCUCGCCUAUCGUCCGAUGCCGCCGACACUAUCUUUUAUCCUCCCACGCCCCCGGCGUCUCAGAUCUUUUAUGGUGUCUCUGCGGAAUCCGAAGAAGCGAUGAAUGAGUCCAAGGUCUAUGUGCAGCAGACCGUGGAGACCGACUUGUCAGCAGAGGUUGACGCCCAUAAUUUUGAGGCAGCAGUAGAGCUGGAGAGCGGUGAUGAAGAUGGCCCGGUAGCGGUUCGGAGAAAUGGUGGACUCCGGCGGUCUUCACUAUCGCCUUCUGCGUCCAGCAACUCUCACUCUCACUCUCACUCUUUUCCACAUGACACACCCCAAACAAAAUCUUCAACUGGUGACGGAUACGACGCGUUCGAGAAUACGAAUAACAAGAAAAAGCGAAAAAUACCUACACCUGGCAAUCUAGGUGGCCAUCACUCUGCUUUGUCCCCGGAGUUCGCCAGUAUGGGAUUGAGAAACUCGACCCCCGCACCGGCACCUGCCCCAAGUGAACCCCCCGGCACAUACUAUGGAACUGGCAGUCCUGCAUCGCCCGUACAGAGUGGCAUCUCAGGCUCUGGGAGAGGUCGGUUGGGACGUCCUACUGUUCGUAGCAGUAGCAGGAACCCGUUGUCGCCCAAUGCUCAGAACGGUUGGAUGAUGGCCCGGACCCCACCUCGACGAGAUGGGUUUAUGUCCUCCCCUGGCCCUUCCGUUGAAUCUGCAUCUGAUCAGGGAAUUAUCUCCACGGCAAUCGCAAAUGCAACUCUCUCCUCCCCACCUCGUGGUCCCAGCAACGUUAGCCUGCUUGACAAAGAAAAUAUCACUCCCACCAAGACGCAAUUUACCUUCACGUGUGAAUCCGACUCAUCGAAGGGUAUGGCGAUGCAACGAAACCACUCGAUCCCUUAUCGUUCCCCCACUUCACCCCUCGGCUCGGCAAGCCAGAAACCGCGGGGUUUCUCCACACAAGGCACGCAGACUAGCCCUAGCAUGGCUGCCUCGAUGAAUCAGCAAGGUGCACCCAGUAUGCAGCCGCCUGCUCCAGGUGGCGAGCAAACCCCAGCGGUCCCUAAGAAAAAACGUUCUCCGGGUAGUAUCUACGCAAUGUCUGCCCGUCAACGUAAGAUACAGCAGCAAUACACCAACACACUACAUCCCCCGAGCCCGGAAGACAUUUGGAUCUGUGAAUUUUGUGAAUAUGAGAGCAUCUUUGGACGCCCACCGGAAGCUCUGAUCCGACAAUACGAGAUGAAAGACCGGAAAGAACGCAAGAGGCUGGCGGAGAAGAAGCGCCUUUUGGAGAAGGCAAAGAUGAAGGGUCGCAAGACUAAGAAGGCCACCAAGAACGCUUCGAAGAAUGCUUCACAGCAGCCUUACCAGCAGGGAUACGACCGUGCUUCGGUGGACCACUCUUCUGGUGGUGGUUCAGGGCUUCCCGAUGAUGAUUACCAAGGACACGAGUACGAUGAUGAACAUUCGCCAAUUCCGCCUUCUGCUCCUGCAUCCCCCACCGACCUCAAACCUCCGCUACCUUCUGGAAAUCAUCCUAAGAUUGCGGCGUCUGCUCCAGGAAUCAAAGGUGCUGCCGAUUCCGGGGCCAGUCGACCCGCAUAA